AUGACCAGUCUAAAUGCUACAGAAAACGAAGGGUCCAAUGGUGGAGAUAUUCACAUGCAAUAUCAAACCCCAAUCAAAUCAAAGGCGAAAGUUAAACUCGACUUGUGGGAUGACGAGGAAUUAAAUAAUAUGUUUACACAAGACGAGAAUGGUGAAUGGGUGCACAGAGGCGAGACGAUGAACUUCUUUGACCAACCAAUGACAGAAUACGACAAUUACGAGGAUUACGAGCGCCAGCCAUCCUCUAUGCCACUGUCCCAGGAAGAUAAAGAACUCUGUGGCUGUAGUACCUGUGUAAAGUUGUUCGGAUCAAGAUUAGGAGGAUUGGAGAUGGAGACCUUUCUCAAACUUGGCGUGGAUGAGCAGAAUAGGGAGGAAGAGGUGGUGCCAGAAACGGAUGAUGAUGAUGAUUCUUAUAGUAAACUGAAAGUAAGAGAUCUCGUCCUAAUUGUACUAUCAUUGGUCUAA